AUGGAUUUUGAAACGUCGUUUGAGGAAUUCGUCGAAGAUAAACGAUUCAUUGCCCUAGAGGUAUCUGAUAAUGAUGAUGAUUAUGACACUGAUCUGACUGCUGAUACCGCCGACGAGCUGGAGAACUCUGCCAUUUUAAAGUUGAGAGACUCCAAAGCAUCCUUGAACGUUACCACCGGUAAUAAUACAUCAAGGAAGACGACUGCCACUUCUAAAAAACGAUGGUCUCUAUUGUCCAACCACUCCGCCGUUUCAUCAUCCAAAUCUAAGAAAAGAUGGUCUGUGCUUUCUUCGAGCUUUACCAGUGAAUCCCACAAGGACAGAGAAUCGAGAAACGCUUUGCAACAAAAAAGAAAGUCCUUGCAAAGUUAUUCAAGCUUGGAUACAGUCGCAUCUAAUAGCUCUAUCUCUGCUUCUUCUUCUUUGAAAAGAUCGUCCACGGGUCUUUCUCUCAGGCAACUAUUUACUAAGAUAGGCAUAAACGAUGAGAUAUCACAACCUGGGAUUGGAAUUCCACAAGGUAAGGAAAAUCUACCUCCAGCUCUGGGGAAGAAAACUUCAUCUAUUGCUCCCACCAGCUCAGAAAACAGACUUAGGACGCCAUUGAAACCGCUUGUUAAUCAUUCAAAAAGGUCUACUCUACAACUACAACAGCAACAACCAUUGUAUAAUGCAUCGUUGUCCUCAAGAAGAUCGUCAAUUUCUUCCACUGUUUCUUCUGCCAGCUCCUCUAAAUGGAGGUUCUGGAAGAGAGAUAAGGGCCAGACACCCGCAAUGUUGCAAGCAGAUCACCAUUCUUUAAAAUCCUUUCCGGCGGUAAACCGUCGUGAUUCCAUGACGCCUGUUGAGCCACGGAAUAAGGCCAAACACAAGACUUCCUUUUCAGACUUCCAUAAAGCUAUUUUCAGCUCAAAUACAUAUUCCGAAAGUAGUGACACAGUAUCAUCCAUGGAGACGACUUUAAAAAAUAAAGCAUCUUCUUCAAGUCUAUCCUUGAACGUAUUGAAGAAAAGGAGCUCGCAAUCAAGUUUGAAGCACAAGAGCUCACAUGCAUCCUUACAAAAAUUCAAAAGGAACAAGGGGAAGUCUUCCAUGAUGCCACCAUCCACAGCAACUAAUAGUAGCAAUGAUGAUUCCUGCAGUUAUAGUUCCAAGAAUUCUGCCUUGAGUCAUCGAAUCUCGUUACCUGUGCCAGACCAAGUUUCCCGCGAUAAAAUACAAAAUAAAUUAAGGAAUUCAACCUCGUUGCUCUCAUUAACUUCCAAAUCAUCUUUACCAAUGAACAAAAAUGACCACGAUGAGACACUUCUAAGACAAAUUUUACAAAAUUGUGAUAUAAAAAGAAUUUUAAACCCUGCAAAAGGAGAUAUAUUGCCUUUAAUCAAUGAUGUAAAUCAUCUGUCAUCGAUACAGCUAACAUCGCAUGUCUGGCAAAUUGGUGAAGUAAUUUGUAAAAAAGUCUCUCUCGGCCCUAUUGAUGACAUUACAUGGGAUAGAAAGUCUUUAUCUUUACAGGAAUUGGAGAAACUCAAAAUUAUGAAACAAAAAUUUAAUGGCACACCGCAAUUAUUGAAAAGUUUUGUUGUUAAAGAGGCAAAUGGUGCGUUGUAUUUGUACUUACUGUUUAAAGAUCACGGUACCCCAAUUUCCUUAAUCUCACUGAAAAAUUGGAAGCAGAUCUUAAAGAUUUUUUGGUCUUGUGUUGGUAUAAUCCAUGGGUUGGAAACAAAUUUGAAGUUUGAACAUCGCAAUCUUACUUUGGAUAAUAUUCUAAUAGAUGGUAAUGGGAAUAUAACAAUUAUUGACUUCAAAUGCAGUAGAUUGCAAACGCCUCAAGACGAUGUUAUAUUCCUACGAUUGGAUCACCCACUCUUUUUCCUGAAUGGAAAAGAUAAGAGUAAAAUUAAUGAAUACCAAUAUCAAUUUGAGUUUGAAAUCUAUCAGAGUAUGCGUGUCUCGUUGAACAUGGACGCGUCAGCCUUUGAGCCCAUGACGAACUUGUAUUGGUUAUACUAUUUGUCACGGGUCUUACUAAAGUUGGGUGACAGAAAGCUUGGUAAGAAUGAUAUAAACAGGGAUAAAAUGGCUAGGGUGAUAAGUCAUUUGGAAACGAACUUGGCAGUUCAUAAAAGAGGGGGGCAAUUAUUCAAGAGAUUGGAGACCGCGGACAUUAAGAAUACUGGAGAUUUACUAAAACUUUAUAAAUAA